AUGUCGACCCCGGUCCAAAACUUGGAUGAUAUCCCCCGCCUUGAUCUCAAGAAACUGUGGGUGUCGUUCCCCGAUUUACUAGAUGGCGCUACCGUGCUAAUGUUUGUCGCCGAGGCCGGCGACACCGCUACCGGAGUUGAGCUUACCGUAACGCCCACCACCGCUACGGGUCUUAGCGCACUCAAAGUCCACACGGACAACACACUGUAUAAGGACCCCGACCUAACUACCGCUACAAAGUUUAAGCUGCAAUACGAACGCGGCGGUAGCGCUGGCCCGGUUUUUGGCAUCUCCGACGUCACAUCGGAAAAGUACGUGCGUGAUGACCUGGACGCCGAGCAACUUAAAUUGGGCUCCGCACAAUAUGCCCGGCUAGUUGUUUGUGACGCGCGCGAGGUCACCACAGCCAAGACUACCUUGACCGGUGCACCGGCAGGGCUUCUAAUGACUAACACCGACAAGUCCGAGGGUUACAAGCGGUACAAGGUGUACUUGACGCUGCUUGCAUUGUCCGACCAGUCUAUCGCUACGCUCACUAACCGGACGGAGAUACCGUACUUUCGCAAGCGCUGCUGCAUGGGAAGUUUUGAGGGGACCACGGCGUGUGAUUCGCAAAAUCUGUCGUACAGCAGCGCAACCUGUGACCAGGUAAUGACGAACCACUGCAACACCGCGGGGUUCACGGGCGCCGUAUGUCAGCGAUGGGCGCGCCAGAGACCGACCGUGUCGCAGAAACCGAUCCAGGACUGGUGCAAACUGCCCGCCAACGCGUCAAAGAAUGAGCGUGCGUGCUUUGACAGCACCAAGAUCGCCGCGUUUAUUGCCAAAACACGGAACGAUUAUCCAAACUCCGACCCGUCCGCGAGCCUCUAUGUAUGCAGCGACGCCGCGUGUCACGACAGUGGACUCUCGCUCCCCGCCCAGGGUGGCUUGGCCUGCGGUGACGUUAUCAUGCAGUCGUGUACCAUUGACGUGGCCGACGGAGCCUCAGUUGGUGGGACGGUAAACCAAGAGUGUGUCAACGACGCGAGUUUGGCUAACGAACAGACUAAUAAUACGAACACGACGGAACUUAUCGCUGACGGCAACUCCCCGGGCAACCUGUCGCCGAAUGACACUAAUCAAGCCGACGGCUCAACCUCCAAGGUGAAGUGGGUGAUUGCCGGUAUUGUGGUCGCGAAAAGACAGGGAUUUGUGAGAGAAUACAAGUGGGCCACUAUGACGACCACCAAUGUGUCUACGUUUACGAUCAACAUAAACACCCAGCGACUGGAUCUGAGCCAGGAUAAGACCAAGUUUGAACGGACCACGCGUACGAGCCCCGAUAUCGUCAUACCCAAGUUUGUCUUCCAGGGCGACCCCGUCUUGGAACCGUCUACCACAACGGGGAAGUGUGGGUUUCGGGUCCGCAUAAAAGGGGGUGUCGACAAUGCGUCGAGCGAGUCCUAUGUGAUGAAAGUUGGCGCCGACAAAAUCAUUGCACCCGAUAUGAGUGUUGGUGAUACUCAGAGUAUGCUGCUGGUACUGGGUGACGUGACGUUUGACUCGACACUUAAGCGAGCCACCGCAACAUCCAUUCGGAUCCCCGACACCACCGACCUGCUGGGAAUCGACCCUCUCACGAACCAGAUGGUGGUUAUUGAUUCCACUUCCACAACUCCACCGGACGCAAUCACCAGUGUGAUCCUGACAUUCGAUUCGGAUACCGCCGCGCUGACGUGUCCGGUGACACCCGCCGCCGCCGCCACCACCACCACAGUCGUAAACCCGUUAGUGGUCACUGAAAUUACACCGACCCACAGUGACGUUAGCGCCCUGGAUACAGUGUACGGGAAAUUCCGGCUUCAGACCUGGCUGAUUAUCGGAGGGUCCGUGACCUUUGGACUGUUUCUACUAAUCAUCAGUAUAGCGCUGGCUGUAAAAAAACCGGCAUCUCAUGAACCCGUUCAUGUAUUACUAAAAUAA